UAAAUGAGUUCUCAUUUCAAGCCUUGACCUGGCAGCAGCUACACUGUCCCAUGGCUUUCCUGGAGGAUGGGAACCACACUGCAGUGACAGAGUUCAUUUUAUUGGGCUUAACUGAUGACCCAGUUCUUAGAGUCAUCCUCUUCAUCAUCAUCCUGUGCAUCUACUUAGUGACUGUGUCUGGGAACCUCAGCACCAUCCUUCUCAUCAGAGUCUCUUCCCAGCUCCAUCACCCCAUGUACUUUUUUCUCAGCCACUUGGCUUCCAUUGACAUAGCCAUCUCUUCUUCUGUCACACCAAAUAUGGUUAUCAAUUUCCUGGUGGAGAGGAGCAGUAUAUCCUACACUGCAUGUGGUAUCCAGCUUGGCUCAGCUGUUUUCUUUGGAGCUAUUGAAUGUUUCCUUCUGGCUGUCAUGGCUUAUGAUCGUUUUGUGGCAAUCUGCAACCCACUGCUUUAUUCAACUAAAAUGUCCAAACAAGUGUGUAUCCAAUUGCUUAUAGGGUCUUAUAUUAUUGGCUUUAUUCAUGCUUCCUUCUUUACACUUUCCUUUGUUUCUUUUCUUUUCUGUGGAACAAAUAGAAUUAAUCACUUUUUCUGUGAUUUUACUCCUUUAGUUGAACUCUCCUGUUCUGAUAAUAGUGUCCUCAUAAUUCUUGAUUCAUUUUCUACUGGCACUAUUAUUGUAAUCACAGUGUUUGUCAUUGCUAUUUCCUAUACCUGCAUCCUCAUCACCAUCCUGAAGAUGCGCUCCACUGAGGGUCGACACAAGGCUUUCUCUACCUGCACCUCCCACCUCACUGUAGUCACUCUGUUAUAUGGGACAGUCACAUUUAUUUAUGUGAUGCCCAAGUCCAGCUACUCCACAGACCAGAACAAGGUGAUAUCUGUGUUCUACAUGGUGGUAAUUCCCAUGUUGAACCCCAUCAUCUACAGCCUCAGGAAUAAUGAGAUUAAGAGUGCUAUGAAGAAACAGCUUGGUGAAAAAAAUAUUUUCUAA